AUGGAUUAUAUAGAUAUGGAUAAAGCCAGGAAAGACAGAGAGAGAGCAUUCAGAGAAGAACGGAGAAAAGAGAUGAAGAAGGAAGUGGAGAAGGCGUUGAGGAAGAGGGAAGAAGAAUUGAGAGCUAGUGAAGAGAUAGAGGUUUUGGAAGAGAAUGUCGAGCAAGUCAGAGAGAGAAGGCAGAGGAGGGUAACUUUUAAUGUGUCAGAGGAGUCAGUUGAGGUUUCUGGAAUUGUUUUUCAAACAGAAGGAGAGGAGAGAGUGAGAGGAAGAAGGGCUGGAAUGGAGACGAGAAGAGAGACAGAG